AUCAUGAAUAGGGAGCUUAAGCACGCGCGUUUUUGAGACGCGGACGGCAACCGGAAGAGAAGAUUUCGCAUGCUUGGACCGUAUUGUCCCCCAGAUUUUUAUACUACUCAUCUCUAAUGAAGAAAAGAUACUUAGCAAUGUGAAUAUGGUUGUGUGAGGACAAGUUUAAAGUGAAAAAAGCUCACUUCCGGUUACCGUCCGCGUCUCAAAAACGUGCGUGCUUAAGUUCCCCAUUACAUGGUGGGAUGGUGCGAUAGAAAGAAACCUUGGAUUCAUUCGGCUCUUGAUACCUCCUCCUGCACUGUAGAGGCACGGUGGCCUCAUGGUUAGUGCGAGCGGACCGGGUUCGAGCUCUCCUGUGUUCUUAAAGGUUUUACGAAAGAUUGAAAGAUAAUUUGACUCGGUAAUAUCUAUGGGAGGGAAUUCGAAAGACAAAAACAAUCUACUCCAUAGGAACAACCACGCACGUGGUAACGUUACCUGCGGAAGAACUGACCUUGCGAAUGACGCCUACAUGCACAUGGGGGAUAACUCUUCCAGCCUCAUCCUCCUUGGUUGAGCACCAGGUUGCGCACAUUUCUCUCCUGGAGCAGCACAUCGUUCCGAUGAGAGAAUUUCUAUCGGUUCUUACCCCUAUUUUAAAGCGGCCACCCAUAAUUUAACACACGUAGUUUGGCUUUGUUUUGGAAAUGGCGAUGACAGAUAAGAAUCCGAAAUAGAAAAAGACCAUCGUGUGAUGUGAUAGAAACAUUCAAACAUAUGUGAUUAUCUUGACGUUAUUCCAUGUUCACUAAGCACUUUAAACCCGAUGGUAAGUACACGAACCCAUUAAGCAGCCACCUUCCAUUUCCCUGAGGGUGCAGGGCGCUGUACUGAGAACAGGCAUGCAUGUAAUGGUGAUAAUUAUUUGGAAAGCAACUAAAAUAAGCAAACAAACAAAUUAAAUAAAGAAACAAACAAACAUCGGAGAACAUCGGCCCAUCUUCUCCACCCAAUUCCAGUCCCUCUCCUAAAAGUUAGGCGUAGGCGUCCAGUUUCCGGUGUAAGAACGCGGAACAUUUCUGAGGAGGUCUUUCGAUUUUCCGAUGAAAGCGGGGACAGUUCUACUGAAUAUUCAUCAGUUUUCAAUUCAUUUAGGUAGAGAAUGCCUCUUGUAAAGGUAACUCUGAGGUGUUAAAACACCUUGGUCGUAAACUUGGCCGGCCUUGCUUGACUUACUUGAUCGUUUGAUCUGCUGAUUAAGAAAGAAUAUGUCGGAUCUGGAAGACAUCGAAGAUAUAUUCGAGGGAUGGUUAGAGAAACCAACAGAAGAAGAUACUAGUAAGACCAAGGGCUGGUUAAAAAAGUCUUUUACCAAGAAAUGGAAGAAGGGCUACUAUGUACUCCGAAAAUAUUGUGCAGGUGAUCAACCUUUCCUUCAGUGGUUUGAUAGAGAGGAUGGCUGGCGACGGCAAAUGCCGCGUGGGACAUUAGAACUGUUUCCAAGAUACAAGGUGUUUAAAAGACUGGAACACAGAGCUAGGCAACAUGUUUUUGAGAUAAGCACUGAUGCUGAGACAUUCAUAUUGGCUGCUGAGAGCGAGACUGUCAUGGAUCUGUGGGUGAUCCAAUUACAAAUGCAAAGUACCUUGAAUCCACGAGUAGCAGGUGGGUGUAGGUUUGAUGUUGGGUAAAAGUGCGAGAUCGUUAAGUACAUGGUGAUUUUCACCAGUAGCUAGCUCACCAGUCCCUCUUUUUACACCCGAGCAGAAAAUAUACCUCUGGCACUUGAGUCCUGGGCAGCCGACAGCAUACAUCAUGGUAGAAUAUUAUGAAAAGCUUUUGGGCUUAAACAUGGAGUGAUCCUAUAUGACGAGGCUGAGGUGUUCAGCCUGCCAGUCACAAAUCCCAACAGACAACCAAUGCUUCUAUUUGAUUGGCUUAUUCACUCGGAUGUAAUUUUUGCGCAUUGCCACAAAAUUCUGUAGAGCCAUCAGGUAUAAUUUUCUGUUUUAUUUUACA